AUGAUAAUUGAAGUUAAAAGAAAUGAGGAUCUUUUAGUAAUUUGUAGAAUUUGCGAGAAAAAAGUAUCAAUAACUUAAUGACGCCUUAGUUAGAUGCUCAUCUCAUUACAAAUCAUCUCACCAAUUGCUAAUAAAUAUAUGAAACAAAGAUGUUGUUAUAAGAAUUGAAUUGUUAAAUCCACUAAUUAGCAGAAUAGGCUUAAAACAAAUUUCGUACAACCAACACUAAAUAUUAAAUCCAUAAGGCCAAGUAAACACGACAAAACCUUUAUGAAAACGGAAAGAGACAAUCGGUUUCCCUCAAUCAGCUCUAAUUAGAUGGCUCAAUAAGUGAUGGCACAGGAUCAAAAACAAAUAAGGCUUCCCAUUAAAACACAGGGAAGUCUCAUUUUGCACUCAUCGGAGCCCAGAAUAAAGCUAAGAUGCAUGCGGAAUCGGAUUAAAUCGUAGAAAUGCAAAAUAAAGAUUAAUCAAUUUAAAAUGGGUUAUUUGAUUAGAAUCACGAAAUUAAUGUAAAUUAAAUUAAAGGGAAACAAAGGGCUAAUUAGCAAUACAUUCAUUCACCUUAAAGAGAAAUUCUGUAAGGAAGUUCACCAAGUUCAAAUGGUUUGGACAGUCCUGUCUCAUUUGAGUAAGAAAUACUGCAAAUAUUUAAAUUAGUGAUAAUAUUGACAUCCUGAAAGACUUGAGACAAUAAUUAAAUUGCCUUAAGAUUAUAAUCAAUUAUACUGAAGAGACAAUCAAAAUCAAUAGUGGCACACAAUCAAUUUAAUUCGAUCUUCAAACUCAAGUUAAUUUGAUGAACACCAAGGACUUUUCAGAUAAAGAACUAUAAGACAUCGUUAAACUAGCUUUAAAGUUAAUUGAAGUAAUUAUCAAUGUGAUUACUAUCCUUAGGAAAGAGUAUAAUACACUUAAAAAAUAUCAAGAUUAUAAAAAUUGAUAUCAGAAGAAGAUAAACAAGAUAAUAUCAAUUCUCCUUUGGGAUUUAAAUAAAAUACAGAAGGUUUCUGCAGUAGAUCUCCUAAAAGAAGCCCAAUCUUAUAGAAUUGUGAGAAAUCGAAGUGGCUAAAUAAAUAAAAUGUAUUCUUCAAUUAUGAUAAGAAUAACAUUAUUCAAGAGAGCUCUUUUAAAAAAAGUUCAAGUGAUUUUGGAGAUGAAGAAAACAAUUCAUAAACUGACGAAAGUGUGGAAAUAAAAAAACUCAAUAGAAACAGUUCAGAAGAAUCAUUGGAAAUGGAUAAUUCAUCUCAAAAAUCUAAAAAUAAUAUCAUCUCAUUUAAGGCAUUAAACUUGGAUGAUUAAGUGGAAGAGAAGGAUUUCGAAAAUGCCGAAGAGAAGGAUAAAGGAUAUUAUAGUGAUGGUGAUAUCAAAGUAAUGAAGAUAGCUAAAAAUAAAUAAUUGUAAUAUUAUAAAAAUAGAGUUUUUUAGGUUAAAUGUAACAUUAUAAGACUUUGAAUUUAUAUCAGUGUUAGGAGUAGGGGGUUUUGGAGCAGUUUGGUUGGUAAGCAAGAAAAAAACUAAGGAUUAUUAUGCAAUGAAGGUAAUAGAUUGUCGUAAUAAAAACAUGAGUGAAAUCUAAAAUUUAAGAGCAGAGAAAAAUGUCUUCGAAAUAUUAGAAGGUGACUUUGUAGUCAAAGCUUUCUAUUCCUUUAUCUAAGAUCAAUGUUUAUUAUUUUUAUUAGAAUAUAUGAUGGGUGGGGACAUUAGUUAAGUGCUGUUUUAAUAUGGUAGAUUGUCGGAAUAGGUUGCAAAAUUCUAUUUAGCAGAAUUGCUUUUGGCCAUUGAGUCAUUGCAUAAGAAAGGAAUUAUUCAUAGAGAUCUUAAACCUUAAAAUAUUUUACUUGACUCUUAAGGUCAUAUUAAAUUGGCUGAUUUUGGAUUAUCUGAGAUAGCUUUAGUGCAAAAGAUAAAAGAUGGGAAGGAUGGAAUUAAUUUAUCAAUUGAUCCUGAAGCGCUACCAUAGAAUGUUUCUAAAAGAUAGAUCAAAAUCAAAUGCAAUUUAGAAUUUCAUAUGCAUAAUUAUCCCAGCAAGAACAGUGUUUAAGAUAAAUCAUCUUCAGGAAAAAGAUAAAACAGAAUAAUAGGAACACCAGAUUAUAUUCCACCCGAAGUUAUUAGUGGGUAGUCGAUAUCUAAUUUUUCAAUAGAUUGGUGGGCUUUUGGAGUAAUAAUGUAUGAGUUUUUGGUUGGUAUACCUCCAUUCAAUGACAAAAGUAUCCCCAAAGUAUUCGAAAAUAUAACAAUGAGGGCAAUUGAAUGGCCAGAAAUUGGAGAUGGUGAAGACAUGAUUUCAACUAAUGCUUAUAAUUUAAUCAACAAAUUAUUAGAGCCUAAUUAUCACAUCAGAUUGGGUCAUUAAGGAAUAGAAGAAAUUAAGAAGGAUCCUUUUUUUAAAGACAUAGAUUGGGUUAAUAUAAGAAAUCUGGAAGCUCCAAUGAUUCCUAUUCGAGAUCUAGAACAUUUAGAAGAAGAGCAAUGCAAUCUACUGCAAAAAUAAAAUGAAGAGAAUAAAAUGAAGGAUAGACUACGAUCAGUUUAGUAUUCACAUGAUGGAAAAUUCGAUGAGGUUGCAAAUCUUACAAGAUUCGAUCUUCUGGCUAAAUUAAGUGAGUAGGAUGCAGAGAAUGUUAUCAAAAAACAAUCAAAUCAACAGUUUCAUGGAAAAUGA